AUGAAUGAUCUUUCUAUUGUACUUACUGCUUCGGGUGAUGGAGAUGUGAGAUUAUGGAAUUUGAAAGAUUUUUCAUGCAUCCGUACAUUGGAAGGUCAUGAUCAACCAGUGUAUAAAGCAGUUUUUCUUUCUCAUGAUAAACAAGUAUUAUCAUGCGAUCAAAAAGGUUUAGUAAGAUUAUGGAAUAUAUCUAAGCCACCGAAACAGACUGACGAAAAAUCAGAAAAUUCUAAUAAACCAUCCACUGAAGAAAAUUCUUCAUUAGUUUAUGAAGCACAUGAUGGUAGAAUAUGGUCAUUAGCUGUUUGUCCAAAUGAAUCCGGUUUCUACACUGGUGGUGAAGAUGAAACAUUGUGUUAUUUUGAAGAUAUUACAGAAAUAUUAUUGAAAGAAGCAUCACAACAGCAAGAGGAAUAUAUUCAAACACAACAAGAACUGGAUAAUCUUGUACAUAAACAAAUGUAUGCUGAUGCUGUUUAUUUGGCGGUUAAAUUAGAUCAACCCAAACGAACAUUAGAUAUAUUACAAGAACUAUUAACUCAAGAUCUUGUCAAACAAACUUGCAAUAAUAAUCAAACUGUUAAAUAUCCAACACAAGCUAUAAACUUAUUAUCCGUCCUUGAUGAUUUCAUGAAUAAAAGCAACAGUGAAAAUGUUAACAAUUCAUUGAAUCUAAGUCAACGUCUAUUAUCUUAUGCAAUUAAUUGGAAUACAAGAACUAGAACAUCAAUGAUCAGUCAAUUUAUAUUGAAUUGGAUUCUAACACGUUGGACACCGGAAGAAUUAUUGGAAUGGCCGAAUUUCAAUCAAUCAAUACAAUAUCUUCUUCCGUAUACAUCUCGACAUUAUCAACGUAUAUGUAGAUUAGAAGAACAAUUGGCAAUUUUAAACUAUAUUUCUGAGUUGACUGAUGAACAUUUAAUUCCUACGGAUACUGUUGAUGAACCGAUGGAAUUGGACAAUAAUAUAUCGAUGCAUUCAACUCAUGAUACUAAUUAAUACUUGCCCCUUUUUUUCGCAGAGAUAAGAUUCAACUCAAUUACUGAUGUAAAAAGGUUCAGUCAACUGCAGAACAGUUCAUUGUAUAUAAAUGAGAAUCAUUGUAUGACAAUGUACAUACGUGUAUGUAUGUAUCUCUCUCUGUCUCUGUAUAUGAAAUGUGUUUGUUUUGAUCACAAUCAGUCAGUGGCAUUGAUAAUUUAAAAUAAAAUACGCGUAAUUUGUAAAAAAGUAAAUUGUUGUUAUUGUUAUUGUUGUGUG